CAUGAAGUGUAGUAUAUCCGCUAAGGCUGCCGCGACGUGCAAUGUUUACUGCAAUAAGGCUGUCAAAAUUUCUGUGAGGCUCACUUUGGUGUGACAGUUGUUGGCUGGACAAUGUUUUGGUUCAACUGGCCGACAUUUGCCUCACAUGUUCCCAUAUCGCGCUCUGGUCAUAUUUGAAAACAUACUCGUGUAACGAUAGACGUACUUCCCCAUGAAUUUUAAUUUGUCUCUCUUACUUUAUUCCGUAAUAUGUCGAGCAACUCAACGCAGGCUAUGUCCUCCGCGGAUGAGGCUUUCGACUUCCUCUUCAAAAUUGUACUCAUAGGCGAUUGCGGGACAGGAAAAACCUGCAUCGUCCAAAGAUUCAAGUCAGGUACUUUCGUAGAAAGACACGGUAAUACUAUCGGGGUGGACUUUUCUAUGAAAACUGUCGUUGUGGAUGGUAAAAGGGUUAAGCUUCAAAUCUGGGAUACGGCUGGCCAGGAAAGAUUUCGUACAAUCACUCAAAGUUACUAUAGGUCUGCAAACGGUAUAAUAAUUGUAUACGAUGUCACAAAAAGGUCCUCAUUCCUUAGCCUCGAAAGGUGGAUUGAAGAAGUACGCCGAUACACUGCGUCCAAUGUUAUGUUGGUUCUGAUUGGUAACAAAUGCGAUGUUGAAUCGGGUCGAGAAGUCACAUUCAACGAAGCCAGUGCAAUGAGUGAAUAUCUUCCUGAAAUUAUGCUGGUACUUGAAACAUCAGCCAAAGAGAACACGAAUAUAGAAGAUGCAUUCAUGUUCCUGGCAACAGAAUUAAAGCGACGACAUGACUGUAAUUCAUUUGGAGAUUCUGCCGAAUCCGGAACAGUUCAACUAAGUGAGGGAAAAUCGGUCCGAAGCUGCGGGGGAUGUUCUUAGUUCUAUUUUCACCCCACCACACUUAGACUGUUGUUUUGCUCACUAAUACCUGUUAUCAUUGUGUUUUCACCCCAUGUCCAAGAUUUUGAUUUUCUGUUUUAUUCAUCAUAGCUAAUUUUUUCUUGUUCUUAAAUAUCCUAUGUGAGUAAGUUUUAGUUUGACCAUGACAUGAGCUAAACCUAUGUUUGAACAACCAGUGCAGGCACUUUAAAAUCAUCACCCAGUCUUAUGCCUUGUAAGCUCUCUUUGUAACCUUUUAUGUGUGUGUGUUUUUUUUGUUUUUGUUUUUUUUUGUGUGUGUGUGUUUUAGACUAACUUAUUGAUUUUUCUAGUACCAGUACUCUUGACUGUACUGGAUUUGUCCCUGUGAUUUUUAUAGUUUCCUAUAAUAUUCAAUAUUCUAUCAUAUUUUUCUUAAUGUGAAACCAUUUUUAAAGGAUAUGAGUGCUUCUUCACUCCGGCUUACAAUUUGAACCAUGAAUUUUAAAUUUUUGUUGAUUAUUUUGAUCUGCUAAUUUGUUGUUAAGCAUACUGCACCCUUUUUUGAUUCUCACUAGCUUACUAUCUAGUUUUAUGCUGUUCUCUUUCUGAGCUUAAUUUUUGCUACUUUCUCUUUAAUUUUAGGGUACCUGAAAAUUCUAUCUAGACUUAUAGUUGCCUGUCUAUCAAUCUAUUUAUUUAUUUUUUAAGAGGUCUGAAGAUAUUAAGAUUGAAGUGUAAGAUCAGGUAUAAUGUAGUGUUGUAGUUUCUCCUCUGUAUUUCUUAUUAAGAUUUUUUAGUUGGACAUGUGUAAAUGUGUAUGAAUCAGAUUAACCUUUUAGUACUUAGGACAGCAGAGUGAACUAUUCUGCAGACAUCUUUGAAGUAUUAUUAAAAUGGCACAAAAGAUUGUGCACUGAAGUUGUAUACUUGAUUCCUUUGUGUGAUUUAAAGUUCAAGCUAAUGUACAUUGAUAUUAUAUUGAUCAGGCGCAGAUCCAGGGGAGAAGGGAACGCCUUCCCUUAUACUCUGGACAAUAAGCCUGCUAGAUAGGUAGAAAUCGCUACUUUGCUCCUAUAAGUGAGCUGAUAGCACCCCUCUCCUCACUGUCCUGCUGGGUUCUGGAUCUGCCUGUGAUGUUGAUGCUGCUUUUAUUAACUAUAAUUAAGAAACACAGCAGGUAGUAGUGUAGCAAUGCUUACUUCAAUUAUUCUGUAUAUUUUGUUUGGUGCACUUUUGUUUUAACAAAGCUUUUCCCAAGUUCUUCUGGUUGCUUUGGAGAUUGUGGUGUGUCUGAGUCAGGAUGUAAUGAUGAGCUGCUUCACAUUGGGACCAUUCCUGUAAUUGGAAAUGUACAGUAGACAAUAUGAACCUGUAAAGUGUGCCAUUUUACAAAGAAAGUUGGCACUACAGUGUUGAAUUUUCAGACGCUGAAUAUUUCUCGUGUUCAUUCUAAUAUUAAUUGAGGACAAUAUGGCAUUUUGGAAAUGGCUGCUGAAAAUGAAUGAUGAUGCUGUCUUAGAAUGUCAUUGGUUAGAUGCUUUUGUUUUUAAAGUGACAUUUAUGGAAGUACUAGUUUGAUUUUCCUUUCAUAGGAUUGUGUAAUUCAGUGUAAUCUAAAAUAUUCUUUUUAAUGGAGUGCCAUAUGAAAUCUUGUCUUGGUUCAGUCCAUAAAUUGUAUCAAAUAUUUGGUUUUGCCUUUUUUAAUUACCAUUUUAUUAUUGACAAGUUUUUAAAAUGGGUUACAUACAUGAACAUAAAUUUAAAAUGAGCACCCACUCAAAGUUGGUUCUGUUUUGCUCGUUUUCUAUGGCAAAGAAAUUGUGUCUCAUAUUGUGAAGAGUCGUAACAUCUUGGAGAGACUUGGGAAAUUGUGGCCAUGAGUAUUUAUUUGUAACAGAGUGUUGUUGAUAUACUAUACUGUGUUUAGAGGGUUGUAGUUCCCCUCAUUGUUUUGCAUGGUAUAUCCUAACCACUAUUUAAUUGAAGACACGUGAAAUGCAAUUUGAAAUUUGUUGGUCAUUAUUUAGUAUAACAUACUCCAUAUAUUCUAAAUUUGUAGAUCAAGUGACAAAUAGUAAUUCAUGAUGGAUGAAGCAUAAUCAUAUUUUUAAAUACUGCCAAUGGCAUUGUUUCUUAGGUAAAUUAAUAUUUACUGAACUGCAGUUUAUGCUGUUUAAGAACUACUCAGUGUUAUCAGACUUGCAUGUUAUGUAUUGCAGUGUAUAGAUUUCGUCCAGUUGUUGUAUUAUUGUUGUUCUAUAGAAGAGACCGAGGCAACUUAUGAACUGUGAUGUUUUUAAUUAACUUCGAUGGUAAAGAUUAUUAUGAUAAGUUUAUUAUGCAGUUGCAUUACACUGUUGGUUGUAUUGUCAGUCAUAUUAUGAUUUAUACGACAUCCCAUUUGUUCAUUGAAGUGUGGUAUUUGUUGAAUGAAGAGUACCAUUUGCAACAUAUCCCACCUCUUUUAAUGUGAUAUGAAACUACUUGCCCAAGAAUAACUAGCUAAAUGAGAGUUGUAGCUUUUGUACAUAAAAUCUGUUGGUUCUCUCGUGAGUGUAUAGAUCUGCAUACUUUGUGUUGAGUGCACAGAAUUGAUUACGUAACAUCACUGUGUUUAACCAUUUCAUUCAAUUCAUUCAUUUUAGGCAAAAGAAAGAGAUGGUCAAACGAUUCCUUCUACCCAAUCAAUUAACAUCUUCGUCCCCAGUGCUGCUCACUCUCAGACUUCUCUCAAGUUGUUCGUACAUCACAGUGUUAUUCCUGUUCCACAUGUUUUGGAAACCGCAAUAAAAAGAGUUUCUUAAGACAACAA